CUGCCUGAAGCAUCAGCACAUAGCAUAAAUAAAUCACCAUAGCUUUGCUCGCAACGGCAAAGGCACUUUAGCAAACACUGAACGCAUACGCAACUUUUCACAACUCUGUAAAUUCAGUCGCCCUGCGAGGCUGUGAUCGCAUAUCAUCCCACACGUAGCAGAAUAAUAUUUUUAGGUUUCCAUGCGCAGCCUGUGAGCCAAGCAGUGACGGACAGCCCGCACAAGUUGAAAUGGCGGAUACGUCCAAGAAGCAACGGCUGGACCAGGGAGGCACAGAUGGACCGAGAAUUAGCGUGCAGGAGGCGAUGCCGACAUACUAUGCGAAGCUGUUUCCAACGCAGCACAUGGUGAAGUGGCUGUCCUACGGAAACGACAGCAAGCAUGCGCAGGCGGACUCGCAUUUCUUCAAUCGCCGCGAGUUCUGCUUUACGCUCCAAGGCGACAUCUUCGUGCGCUACCAAGCCUUUAAAGACGGCGCGGCGUUGCAGGAGGCCAUUCUGCGGCGAUGCCCUGACAAGAUCGAUAUCGGGCCCGUGUACAGCGCCAACCCCAUGGACAGGCACAAGUUCGGGGUCGCUUUCCAUCCCGAGGAGCGCGAGCUAGUCUUCGAUAUCGAUUUGACCGACUACGAUGACGUGCGCACUUGCGGCAGCGGUGGCCACAUCUGCGGCAAGUGCUGGCCGCUCAUGUCAGUGGCGGUUAAGAUUAUCGACAAGGGCCUGCGGGACGAGUUUGGCUUCAAGCACAUCUUGUGGGUGUACUCGGGCCGCCGUGGUAUCCACUGCUGGGUGUGCGAUCCCAGUGCGCGGCAGCUGAGUGACGAGCAGCGCUCUGCAGUGGCUUCCUGGUUCGCCAUGUACAAGGGGCACGAGGAGGGCAAGGCGCGGGUGGCGCUGCUGGGAGGCAACAUGCACCCGGCCGUGGAGCGGGCAGCCGGCAUCCUGCGCAGUGCGUGGGUGCAGACGCUGCUGCCCGCCCAGCAGCUGCUUGAGGACGGGCCGCAGUGCGAAGCGCUGUUGCGCUACCUGCCCGAGGAGGGGCUGGUGGAGACCGUGCGCAAGAAGUGGACAGAGGCCAGCCGCUCGCGCAAUGCCGGCAACAUGGACGUCAACGUGGUGCGGUGGCGCGCGCUGGAGGAGGCGGUGAACGAGCGCGUACGCGAGGAGCGCUCCAAGAAGGGCGUCGUCAACUUCAAGGUGCUGGGGCCAUUGGAGCGGUGUGUAGACGAGAUCAUCAUGGCGCACGCGUACCCGCGCCUGGACAUGGAGGUGUCCAAGAAGAUGAACCACUUGCUCAAGGCGCCCUUCUGCGUGCACCCCAAGACGGGCAAGGUGUGUGUGCCGCUGGACCCCAACACCGUGGACGACUUCGACCCCGUGGACGGAGUGCCCACCGUCACCUCGCUGCUUGGGGAGCUGGCGGCGGCGAAGGAGGCAGCCGAGGGUGGCAAGCGGUCCGCGCCCGUCCGUCUCAGCUGUCAGCUGUACGCCACUGCAUCGUCGCCAGCCUCGCCGCGGCACAUGGGGGCGGGAUCCAUGCAGCGGCGCCCAUACUUACCACGCUUGGCCGGCGCCAGUACAUACUACCAGUACAGCUCGCCCGGUGCAGCCGCCGUUCAGCCCUCUAAUCAGCCCGGCCCCAGCUAGGCAGCCACCCUGCUUCACUUGCUCGGCAGCUUUGCCCGGCAUCGGCUACUGACAUCCGCCACGCCGCUUCUUUCUUCUCCCGUUUCUUUCCGCUUGCCCACGCAUAUGCUCCAUGGGCGCCCGCGGAUGCCUGGCUCCGUUCCAGGUGGGUGCAUUUUGUGGGUUUCGCGUUGUCGCGGCGAAUGGCAGCAGCCUAGUUGCGAGCUGGAACGCGUCCGCCCCUGCAAGCGGCAGCAGUCUCCACGACACUCGGACUCCGUUUGGCGUGCCGAAUGCGGAGCAGCGUGGAGCGCGCACCGGUGUCUCGUCUCGAAGGUAACAAGUAACCGCAUUGCCGCUGACACUAACUUCUUUCGUGAUGUUUAUUGCUAGCCUGGAGCUCGCGACGGCGUCUUGCAUUCGCAUUCACUCGCAAGCACU